AUGCUGGACUCGAGCGAGGUUCUGGCAGACCAGGUGCAGAUUAGAGAUGCUGCAGUUCUUCAUUUCUUGCAGCUCUUGUCCUCCAUGACGAAUGCCACCUCGUCAGACAUUUUUGACGUCAUUCCACCCCUCAUUUCUCAAGAACAAAAUGACAUGUUGCUUGCUCCGCUGACUUUGGUCGAGAUUCAAACCGCAGUUUUGUCCAUUUCUGCCGACGGGGCACCAAGCCCAGAUGGUUUCUCAGGCACUUUCUUCUCGGCCUGCUGGAAUAUUGUCAGCCAAGAUUUACACAAGGCAGCCCUUUUCUUGUUCCAAGGUGGAAAACUCCCUAGAGCUGUAUCAACGUCCCUCAUAUGCCUUAUCCCGAAAUCUUCUUCCUUGUCAAGAUUCUAUAAGAUAUUGGCAAGUGUCAUUGCGACUAGAUUAAGCCAGUUGCUGCCUUCCAUCAUUUCUCCCGAACAAGGGGCCUUUAUUCAAGGGCGAUCGAUUUCUGAGAGCAUUGUGUUGGCACAGGAACUUUUUCUGAGAUUUAAACAGGAAAUGCUUAUCAACGGCGGGCUGGCGGGUUUCUUUAAGUCCUCAAAAGGACUUCGGCAAGGAGACCCUCUUUCACCUAGCCUUUUCAUCAUCGCAGCAGAAGUACUUGGCAGGGGUCUUAAGAGGCUGGUGAUGCAUGGACUUUGCCAACCGUACAAGGUGGCUAGGGGUUGUCAGCAAAUAUCGCACCUCCUCUACGCUGACGACACUCUUCUGUUUUUAAAUGGUGGUGGAAGGCAGAAUAAAACCCAGCUUUCUUCAGCCCGUCGUAGCCAAAAUCGAAGGUCGUAUUCGCUGGUCAAAGGAGAGGUGUCUUUCCCAGGCUGGUCGAUUGGUUUUGAUUAA